CCAAUCAGCGGCAAAUCAAGUACAUGUGCGUGCGUUGCUCUCCGCCCGCUUCUCGUAGUAGACCUUGUAGAUGUAAUUUACACUUUGAGGUUAUUUUUACUGACAAGUCUCAAUUUUUCACAAACUAAUCAAAUUGAUUUGUAAAAAUUGUAAGAAACUUACAGCUUCGUUAUGGAUACUUUAUCAACGGGUUCACUAAGCGGAGCACAAAAGGAAGAAUUGAUGGACCAAGUGAAGCAGCAAAUUGCCAUCGCAAAUGCACAGGAACUCCUCACUAAAAUGUCUGAGAAAUGUUUCAAGAAAUGUAUCAAUAAGCCGGGCACAGCUCUGGAUAACUCCGAACAGAAAUGUAUUGCUAUGUGCAUGGAUAGGUAUAUGGAUGCAUGGAACCUUGUUUCAAGAACAUACGGCAGUCGUAUUCAGCGGGAAAGGAACAAUAUGUGAACUCUAGUGGGUUGAUAAGCCACGCCACUGUAAAUAGAGAUGGUACAGUAGUUUUAUAGUAUGUUUUAAAUUAUGGGUUGCAGCACCCUGUCUGUUAAGUUGUAUUCAAUAAAUAAGCAUUAUGUUGCUGCUUAAUUUGACUCAAUGUUACAUAAGAAGGAUGAUUGAGUAACUAUACUUGCUUAUAAACCUUGAGGAUAUAACCUCCAUGGAAACAUAGUCAUAAUGUGAUUCAGUCUCAGAAAGCACUGCCAUCUUAUCAAAGUCGUUGAAACUGUAUAAUAUUGUAGAAAUUGAUUCAUUUCCAAGCAAUUAUUAUGCCACUCAAUAAGUACAAUAUUUAAAAAAUUACCUAAAUUACAAAUAACAGUGGCAGAAAGUGCUAAAGCAGAAUAUUUUGUCAAGUAAACUCUGUGAAACCUUGUUAAAAUAAAGUUACAAAUUGUUGUUUCA